GACCGAAUCCGGCCCCCUAUAAAAUGCAAACUGACCCUAUUGAUUCUCCACAACGACUACUUGCAAAUUGCAAUCCGUCCCCACCUCUCGCCAUGGGUUUUCCUUCUGCCUUACCCGACCUAGCUCUUCCCAGAUGCGUUCUACACGCGUUUUACGCUCUUGGAUUCCUCAGAAAUCUCAUCUCCGCCCUUUUCGGGCUUCUGGGUCUGACCCAACUGGUCGAAUACGAAGUCUCCGUUUCGUCAGACGCGUCUGAUCGUAUCCGACGGCCUGGAUUCCAGUCCCCGUCGGCAAUGCUCAUACGGCAGUUCUUGCCCGUCGUUUGUUUUGGGGAUUUGUGUACGGAGAAGGUGAUGGACGGGUGUGUGAUUUGCUUGUGUGAGUUUGAGGAGGAGGACGAGAUCCGACGGUUGAGGCACUGCGAGCACGUGUUCCAUGUGAGCUGUUUGGACCGUUGGAUGGAUUGUGACCAGAAGACGUGUCCGCUGUGUAGGAGCCAUUUGGUUCCGGAAGAAAUCAGGGAAGAAUUCCAGGAGAGGCUUUGGGCAGCUGAGGCGGCUUUGUAUUCGGACGGCGAGGAUCCGUCCACGUGGCAUCUGGUCAGCUCUCUGUAGAAGGGUUGUUAGGCAAUCCAAUUCAGCCACUUUUGUAAAGUGUUUUUUUUUUU